AUGACUCAGCUGCUAAGCAAUAUCAAAGGCAUUAUCAAUGCUUUCUACGUGUUCGCAAAGAAGGAUGGCGCCUGCCCCACGCUGAGCAAGGGGGAGCUGAGACAGCUCAUCCGCCAGGAGUUUGCUGAUGUGACCGUGGUCCCCCAGGGUCUCCAGACCAUAGACAAGCUGCUGCAGCUGCUGGACACUGACAGUGAUGGCAGACUUGACUUCAACGGGUUUCUCGUCCUGGUCUUCCAAGUGGCCAAGGCUUGUUACGGGGAAGUAAGCCAGGCUCAGCGACCAGGCCACGGUGGAAGCUCAGCGUCCCAGGGAGAAGCAAACUGUGGGGAGCGCACAAAGGAGCCUCCGACACCAGAGCGGGACCCGAGCCCACGUCAGGCCCCUGAGCCUCAAACACCAGAGCAGGAUUCAAGUCCCCAUCAGGCCCCGGAGCUCCAGAUACCAGAGCAGGAUUCGAGUCCCUGUCAGGCCCCGGAGCCCCAGAUACCAGAGCAGGAUUCGAGUCCCCGUCAGGCCCCAGAGCCCCAGAUACCAGAGCAGGAUUCGAGUCCCCGUCAGGCCCCAGAGGCCCAGAUACCAGAGCAGGAUUCGAGUCCCCGUCAGGCCCCGGAGCUCCAGAUACCAGAGCAGGAUUCGAGUCCCCGUCAGGCCCCGGAGCUCCAGAUACCAGAGCAGGAUUCGAGUCCCUGUCAGGCCCUGGAGCCCCAGAUACCAGAGCAGGAUUCGAGUCCCCGUCAGGCCCCGGAGGCCCAGAUACCAGAGCGGGAUCCAAGCCUACGUCAGGCCCCUGAGCUCCAAACACCAGAGCAGGAUUCGAGUCCCCGUCAGGCCCUGGAGCCCCAGAUACCAGAGCAGGAUUCGAUUCCCUGUCAGGCCCCAGAGGCCCAGAUACCAGAGCGGGACCCAAGUCCCCAUCAGGCCCCGGAGCCUCAAACGCCAGAGCAGGACCCAAGCCCCCAUCAAGUGCUGGAACCCCAGACACCAGAGCGGGACCCAAGUCCCCAUCAGGACCCAGAGCCCCAGAAACAGGGGCAGGACCCAAGUCCCUGUCAUGCCCCGGAGCCCCAGAUACCGGAGCAGGACCCGAGCCUCCAUCAGGCCCCCGAGCCUCAAACACCAGAGCAGGACUCGAGUUCCCGUCACACCCCUGAGCCCGAGAUACCGGAGCAGGACCCAAGCCCCUGUCAGGGUCCAGAACCCAAGAUACCAGAGCAGGAACCAAGCCCCUGUCGGGGUCCAGAGCCCCAGACACCAGAGCAGGACCUAAGCCCCCGUCAGGACCCAGAGCCCCAGACACCAGAGCAGGACCUAAACCCCUGUCAGGCCCCAGAGCCCCAGACACCAGAGCAGGACCUGAGCCACAGCGAGACACAACUUCCACCAACACAGCAGCGAAACCAAGGUGCUCAGGACCCCAUAGAACCUGCUGCAGGACAAGCCUCUAAAUCCUCUCAGUGCCUGUACUCCUGGCAUUCUCAGAAACCACGACCCUUCCCUCACUGGUGGCCACCAAAGAAGUAA